CUGCGGGGCUUCAGCGAGGCGGCGGGGGCCAUCUGGAUCUACCCCACCAACCUGCCCGUGCGGCCCUACCAGGAGCGCAUGGCCGGCGCCGCGCUGCUGGCCAACACGCUCGUGUGCCUGCCCACGGGGCUGGGCAAGACUUUCGUGGCCGCCGUGGUCAUGUACAACUUCUACCGCUGGUUCCCCUCGGGGAAGGUGCUGUUCCUCGCCCCCACCAAGCCGCUGGUGGCGCAGCAGAUGGAGGCGUGCGGCCGCCUCAUGGGCAUCCCGUGGCGGGACAUGGCGGAGAUGACAGGAGGAACGCAGGCUCUGGGCCGGCGGGAGCUGUGGAAUACCAAGAGAGUCUUUUUCCUCACACCUCAGAUCAUGGUCAAUGACCUCUCUCGUGGGACCUGUCCUGCUGUGGACAUCAAAUGUUUGGUUAUUGAUGAAGCCCACAAAGCCCUUGGCAAUCAUGCCUACUGCCAGGUGGUGAGGGAGCUGAGCAAAUACACAAAUCAAUUCCGAGUCCUGGCCCUGAGUGCCACCCCAGGCAGUGACACCAAGGCUGUGCAACAAGUUAUCUCCAACUUGCUGAUAGCUCAGAUAGAGGUGUGUGCUGAAGAUUCUCCAGAAAUUCAGCCUUAUUCUCACGAGAGACAAGUGGAAAAAAUUGUAGUUCCACUUGGGGAAGAACUGGUAGAAAUUCAGAACACUUACAUCAAGGUGCUGGAAGCGUUUGCUGGGCGCCUGAUUAAGGUGGGAGUUUUAUCCAGGAGGGAGAUUCCCAGCCUGACCAAGUACCAGAUCAUCCUGGCCAGGGAUCAGUACAGGAAGAACCCCUCUGCACAGCAUGCAGGAAUCCAUCAAGGCAUCAUUGAGGGAGACUUUGCCCUUUGCAUCAGCCUGUACCACGGCUACGAGCUGCUGCUGCAGAUGGGAAUCCGCUCCUUGUUCAUCUACCUGUGGGGAAUCAUGGAUGGAUCCAAAGGGUUAUCCCGCACCAAGAGUGAGCUGGGGCGCAACGAGGACUUCAUCAAGCUCUACCAGCAGCUUCAGGACGUGUUCUCAGACACUGUCGUGGCUCCUGAGAGUGCAGGUGCUGGCAAGAGCACGGCAGCAUUGGAAAAGAAAAAGGAAUUUGUCUACAGCCAUCCAAAAUUAAAGAAAUUGGAAGAAAUUGUAAUAGAACACUUUGAAUCCUGGAAACAGGGAUGUUCUGGUGAAGACAAGAGUGAAAGCUCUCCUGGGGACACGAGGGUGAUGAUCUUCUCCUCGUUCCGGGACAGCGUGCAGGAAAUCGCGGAGAUGCUGGCGCGGCUCAGCCCGGCCGUGCGGGCCAUGACCUUCGUGGGACACUCCUCGGGCAAGAGCACCAAGGGCUUCACCCAGAAGGAGCAGCUGGAGGUGGUGAGGCGGUUCCGGGAGGGGGGGUACAACACCCUGGUGUCCACCUGUGUGGGUGAGGAGGGGCUGGACAUCGGUGAGGUGGAUCUCAUCGUGUGCUUCGACGCUCAGCGCAGCCCCGUGCGCCUGGUGCAGCGCAUGGGCCGCACCGGCCGCCGGCGCCACGGCCGCAUCGUCGUCAUCCUGGCCCAGGGCCGCGAGGAGAGGACCUACAACCAAAGCCAGUGUAACAAAAGGAGCAUCCACAAAGCCAUUUCAGGGAACAAAACCCUUCAUUUCUACCAGCACAGCCCACGGAUGGUUCCAGAAGGCAUCAAUCCCAAAGUGCACAAAAUGUUUAUCAGUGCUGAGGAACAGGAGCCCAGCAGCUCGAGGAUGCUUUCCAAAGAGAGGAGAUCCAGUUCCCUGCAGCACAGAUCUGCUCUCCUUGCCUGUGGCACUGGCCAAAAGCAAAUGAGCUCCCAUGAGAGCUGGGCCCUGUCUCCUGAGGAGUUUGAGAUAUGGGACAGACUCUACAGGAUUAAGGAAAGUGAUGGGAUAAAGGAACCAGUAUUGCCUCCAGUUCACUUUGAAACCUUAGAAAACCUGCAAGAAACACCAUUCCCCCUGCAGAAGCCCAAGGAGGGGGCAACUCUGGAGCUCUCCUUGUCAGAGUGGAGAAUUUGGCAGAAUCAGCCUCUGCCCACAUCCCUGGUGGAUCACUCGGAUCGUUGUCACCUCUUCAUCCAUGCCAUGGAAAUGAUGGAGCUGAUGAGGCACCAGCAGGGAGACUGCAGCUAUGGGCAGGAGCUCCAGCCUCACCUGCGGAUGGAAGAUGUGGAUAUUCCAGGGAACAAAAGGCAUUUCUCCAUGGCCAACCCGCCCUGGGAUCAGAGAGCUCGCUGCUCCGGGACCAAAACCAAAGCCAAAGCCAAGCCGUUCCCACCUGAUACAGGUGAUGAUGGGAGUGAGUUCUUGACCACCUUUAAAAUAACCAAACCCAGGGCUCCCAAGAGAGCUCCUGGACUCCACGGGGAGGUUCCUGCAUUGCCUGAGGAUCCUUCGGCCUCUCCCUCGGGAACAAGGCUUGCUGUGGCCGGACACUCGGACCUGGGCAGUGACAGGGACGAGGGGCUGGAGGUGACAUUUGACUUAAAUGCAUUUAUUGACCUGUGUGACAACAGUGACAGCCCUGAGACCCCUGCCAGUCCAGCAGCACGGGAGAACAGCCCUGCAGGUAAAGCCAGCGGGAGCAUCCGCAGGGAUUCGGGGUACGGCACCUCCCCCGUGGCCUCCGACCUGUUUUAUCUCCCCGAAUCCUGCAGGGAUCCCUUCCCGCAGCUGAAGGAGCCCCCGGGGCUGGAACAAGCAUUCUCCCAGGUGCAAAGGCUUUUGUCCCAGUCCCCUCCCUCUGGGGAUGAGCUGGAGGCUUUGGAGAGCGUGAUGAGGGGUGAAGGAAGCACAUCUCCUGCCCCACAGGUUCUCCCCCAUGGUCGCUCAGAGGCACUGCGGGACAGCGUCUCCCCAAAAACUGAUCCUUCACUGCUGCUCCUGGAAAAUCCCAAAGUGACAGCUCCCAGGGAAUUCUGUGCCUCCAGAAGUCCCUGUUUGGGCCAGACUGUGUCACCUAGCAAGGCUGCUGCUGCUGAGGAGGAGGAGGAGCAGCUGUGGAAUGACAGCUUGGAUGGCCUGUUCGACAGCGAGGAGUUCCCUGAGAUCCCAAACAACGCUCCCAGCAGGAACCACCCCCUGCCAAACGGCCCUCCCAAACCCGAGGACACGGGAGAGGCUGCCCUUGGAGCUGCUGCUGGGGAGCAGAGUCUCCAUUUGUUCGAGGAUGAGGCUGGUGAGGACACGGCCGAGGGCAGCCCCGCGGGCUCGGAGCCUCCAGCCAGGGCAGGUCCAGCUGGGACCAUCCCUGGGACUGAGGGAGAGCCAGGCAGGGAAUUCCCCCCUGGGAACCCCAGCCAGCCCUGCAGGGAGCAGCCCUGGAGCAGGGAAUCCAUGGGAACAUCAGCAGUGGGUGAUCCCUACGACUGCUCCCAGGACCUGUUCUCCAUCACCUUCGACCUGGGCUUCUCCAUCGAGGACAGCGGGGAUGACACCUGGGAGGAGGCCAGGGGUGCUGACACCCCCAGACUGAACGGGGCUGGAUCCAGCAAGGAUGUAAAAACCUCCCCGAGUGAUGGCUCCAGGCUGGGAGCCUGGGCAGGCUGGGGCUGCAGAGGGCUGGAGAGGAGGGACCUGUCCACAGCGCCGGCGUUGCAGGGCAGGGCCAGCGGUGACGGGGAAGGCACCGAGGCUGCUCCUGCUGCAGGGCCUGGCCUCAGCUCAGGAGGCAGCAGAACGGGAAGGGAACCCCCUGAAGCUUCACCAUUUCUGACCCCAACAAGGAGGAAAGGUGUGAACAUCAAAGCUGUCAGAAGAAUUCCUAUGAAAGUCUUCUGGAAUGGCAGGGAGCAAAUUGCAGAGGUGUCUCCUGUAGGGCAAGUCAGAGAAAGCCCACGGAGGCAGAACUUUGGGAGAUCAGCCAUGGGUUCCCCUUCAGGGAGGAUAGAAGGCCUGGAAGACACCAAACUCCGUGGAUCCUGUGGGUCUCCUGCUGCAGGACCCAGCAGUGACAGCGAGGAAGAGAUCGUUUUCCAGAGGAAAAAAAGGAUAAAAAAGAAUGUUUUGAAGUCUCCUGAUGGGAUGGAUGGGAGCGACCUGGAGUCUCCAGCCGGGGUCACCAGGAAGCGCCGGCGCCCUCGGAACGUGGUCAGCAGAGAAACGGGAGAGGAGCAGUGGGAACUCAUCCCUGCUUCCCUUCAGCUCCUCCCCAGGGUCUGCACACAGCACAGGAUCCCGCCCUGCCUUGGGCUGGAGGGACCUCAGAUCCCAGCCAGGACAUCUCCCACUGUCCAGCCUGGCCUGGGACAUUCCAGGAUCGGGGCUUGGAUGAUUUUGGAGCUGUUGUUUGGCACCAAAACAUCUCAACAGCCAGGAAGGGUGAAAUCACCUCCCUGCCACAAAGCUCUGAGCCAAAAAAAGCCAAUUCAUGCCACAUUUGACCCGAUUUUUCUUCCAAAUCCCAUUUCUCUGCCCUGUUAUGGAUCCCUGGAGCUGUCUCCCCUCAUCCCGUGUUCCCUGUUGCAGUCAGACACGUCCAGCGAGGACAGUGGGGAUUUCCAGCGGGGCAGGAACAGCUCCAGGAGCCGGCCAGGAGCAGCCAAACGGCAGCGGCGCCUCGGCGGGCACACAGCCAAGGAGGAGGAAGAAGAAGAAGAAGUGGCUGUGAGUUUUGAUGUGCUCGAGGCUUGCAGCAGGAGCCGGUACCUGACCCGGCGCAGGAAGAGGCUGAAGCGGGCGGGGCUGGCAGGGAGCGCUCCUGCCCCGCUGCAGAGGAAGAAACCGUCCCGAAUUAUUGUCCUGAGCGACUCCAGCGAGGAGGAGACGGGAGGCAGCAGGGAGAAGCCCCUGGGGGCAGGGCAGGGCAAGGGGCAGCUCCCCCAGGCCCUGCCCUCAGCCCCCUCUGCCCAGCUCAGGAGCGGGGCUGGGGCAGCUCCUCGGCCUGGGGGACAGGACACGGAGAGGCUGCUGGGCUUGGAAGUGUCUGGGAUGCUGGAUCUUCCCCCAGAGCCUCCAGGCAGGAGCAGAUCCAUCCCCCCAGCUGGCUCUGGCUGCAGGAACACGGAUCUGCAGGCUGCUGGUGAGCGCUCACAGGUGUGCAGCUCUUUGAAGAUCCACGGGAGCAGCUCAGGCUCGGCGUGUCCUGCUGUCCCAAAGCCUUCCUCAGCCACAGCUCGGAUCUCCCGUGUUCCUGGGGAUCCCAGCCCCUCCCUGGCUGGGAUUUCCCAUGUUCCUGGGGAUCCCAGUCCCUCCCUGGCUGGGAUUUCUGCUCCUGGGGAUCCCAGCCCCUCCCUGGCUGGGAUUUCUGUUCCUGGGGAUCCCAGGCUGUCCCUGGCUGGGAUUUCUGUUCCUGGGGAUCCCAGGCUGUCCCUGGCUGGGAUUUCUGUUCCUGGGGAUCCCAGGCUGUCCCUGGCUGGGAUUUCUGCUCCUGGGGAUCCCAGGCUGUCGCUGUGCAUCCUGGCAGACAGCCGGGAGAUCUGCUCGGGCCCGGAGGUGCUGUCGUGCCUGCGGGCCGUGCACGGGCUGCGGGUGCAGAUCUGCUCCCUGGGCACCAGCGAUUACAUCGUCAGCAACCGCCUGGCCGUGGACAGGGUGCUCCAGUCGGAGCUGCAGAGCCCCGGGAACAGGAACAAACUCAGCCGGAGGCUGCAGUGCCUGCAGGGCAUCUUCCAGAGGAUCUGUGUGAUUGUGGAGACAGACAGGGUCAGGCCAGGAGAAACAUCCCGGUUUUUCCAGAGGACUCAGUACUACGAUGGAGUGCUCUCGGCCUUGGUCCAGGCUGGGAUAAGGAUCCUCUUCAGCUCCUGCCAGGAGGAAACUGCAGCUCUGCUGAAGGACCUGGCUCUGCUGGAGCACAGGAAGGACGCUGCCAUCCAGGUGCCAACCGAGCCGGAGGGGCACCGGCGGGACAUCCUCAACUUCUACCUGAGCAUUCCCAACCUCAGCUACGGAGCUGCCCUCAACCUCUGCCACUCCUUCGGCUCCAUCGCCGCCGUGGCCAACAGCUCGGUGCCGGCGCUGGCGGCGGGAGCGCGGCUGAGCCGGUUCCAGGCCGAGGAGCUCCAUCGGUUCCUGCACCACGACUUUGACCCGCAGCUGCUGCCGCUGCCCGCCAGGGGCAAGAGCUGAGCUGGCACUCCGGGCCCUGCACUGCACUUUACCCGCUCGGGAUCGGAUGUAAAUGAUGUAAAUAAACAAACACUCGGCAAACCUC